AGUGUGUCCUUCGUAGAGCUUGCCCCCUCCCCGGAAGCGCAGGAUACCGCUUUGCGGCUCAAUCUCCUGCCACCGGGUCACAACGCAAAGCCGCCGGCCCGUCCUGCUUACAGUAUUAAAGAAUUAUAGAGGAACGGAUUCGGCGAACGGCAGGCCACUCGCCGCAUUUACAGAGAAAAGGAGAGUUGCCCCCGCUGGAACUCAUUCCUACGUCCUUUUUAUUGAAACAACAUCCCUUAGAAAUCAGAGACAGAUCGAAGGGCAGAACUGCAAUGGAGCGCACGGCCGACAACCGCAUUCACACCACCGAGUGGGAGGAUGUGCAGUACAAAUACGGCAACCGUGUAGGGAAGUACGAAACCCACGAACUCGAGAUACUAGCGCAGAAGAUCGCUGACAAGAAUCAAAACACAUGUUUAGUGGCCUACGACCCCCACGCGGAAAAAGUGGCGGACAAGCUCGAGCGAGGUGGCUACGACUGCGAGGAGGGGAGCGGGAAGGACGUGGCGGCCGUGGAGGACUCCGAUGACGAAGACGACGCCCUCGCCGCGAUUCGGAGGCGGCGAAUUUUGGAGUUGCAGCGGCAGAAGGCGGCGGACCGCUUUGGUGUGCUACGGCACAUCCCCGGUGCCGACUACGUGACGGAGGUUACAGAGGCCUCCGCGACGUGUUGGGUAGUUGCGGUACUGAUUCGGCCCGGCAACAGUGACUGCGAGGCACUGCUGGCGGUCCUGCGUACAGUCGCGCAGCGCCACAAGGCGCUUAAGUUCGUCUCGAUGAUCUCCACCGAUGCAAUUCCCAACUUCCCUGAUCGACAUUUGCCGUGUGUGCUUCUCUACAACAGCAAGGAGCUGAAAAAGCAGAUCACGAACCUUGACGAGUGGAUGCAGAAGAAGCAUCUGAACGUGGGAACGGCGGAAUUGUUGUUGUCGCGAUGCGGCGUGUUGCCUCGAGGCGAGGACGGCGAGGCCGAAAGCGAGCGGGAGGAGGACCCUUAA